UUUUUCUUCUUCUUCUUCUUUUUUUUUUCUGUUUCUUUUCAUACAAUAUGAUAUCUCGAACGAAAGCUGAAAAUAUACUUACUUUAACCCUUAAUUGUAUAAAUAUUAUCUUAUAUUUACUCGUCAUUGUAUCAGUCAUUAUGAAAUCCCUUCAUGCUGAUUUUUCUCAAAUCAUGGUUGGAAUUUAUGGAGGUGUGAUUGCAGCAGUUCUAGUAGUCAAUGAAGUUAAACCGUCGGAUAUUUCUUUAACGUAUUUUCGUUUUGUAUCAAUAUAUAGUGGUCGAGGAAUGAUAUUUAUAUUCUUUGGUUGUAUAUCACUAGAUUUUGGUGUACUUAAUAUUGUCACUGGUACUUUAUGUUUAGUAUUUGGUUGUAUCUAUAUUAUUUUAUCUUUUGUUACUAAUUUUCCUCCACCUAACGCUAUGAUUAUCAAUUGGCAAAAUUGGAAAGAUUUCUCUGCUGAAGGAUUAGAUUUAGCAAGACCUGGAUUAGAAAGCAAAUCAGCAUCUUGUUUGGUCAAUCAUCCUCCAAGAAUCAAAGAAAUGGCAGUAGUAUAGAUUUAAAUUCAGUUUUUCCUUCUUUUUGAUUAUAAUAAAUAAUCUUCUUGUUUGAC